AUGCGGCCCUGCAACCUUUUCGCUACUCUUACCCUUGCCCUUUCGGUUUACGCCCACACCGGUAAUCUACAAAACCACCAGGCUUUGGCCACUCCAGCGACUGUCGGUGGCAACGGCAAUACAUUUAACACAAACAAUCUUGCGAAACACGGAACUGGCCAGCGCCCUCCCAACAAAAAACCCGGUUUUGCCGGCCAAGGCCCUAAAAACCGUGCGGCUCGCCGUGUCUGUCACCGACGGGGCGGUAAAUCCGUCACGCGCGGGACUGGCCAGCGCAAGACCCCUGGUGCAGCUCCUGCUGGCGGCCAAGGCCCUUUAAACCGUGCAGCUCUUGCCGGCGGCCAAGGCCCUAAAAUCCGUGCCGCUCACCGUGCCUGCCACAAACGGGGUGGUAAGCUUGUUCCGCACGGGGCUGGCCGCCCACGGGCCGGCAAACUAGUUGCGCGUGCCGAUUCCGAUGAUGACGCUAUGUCUUGUGUAACUGAUUUGAGUUCUACCGGUUAUUAUUCGGAAUUUUCUGAUUUUGAAGAUGGGGUAUGGAAUGAUCCUGGGACUGAUGUCGAAUCUUGUAUAGAUGAUGACUACUACCAGGAUUCUGAUUAUGACCAGGAUUAUGAUUAUGACCAGGAUUAUGAUUAUGACCAUGGUUAUGAUAGCUAUUAG